AUGCCCACGCCAUUGUAUACCAUGUUUUGAUCUUCUUCUUCUUCGAUACGAUGUGAUCCCUCCCGCCAACACAAAACUCUUUAAUCCAUUCUUAUCGCCGGAACAUUUGGAAGCGUCGUAGAGAUAUUUUAUUUAUGAAGGGACGAGAUUGAUGAUGCUUUGUGGUUCUUUGCGAAAUCGAAUACAGCCUUGGCUUCGCGACUAUGUUAAACUCCAAUCUCUCGCCCUCAUCCUCAUCUACGCUCAGAUAGGUUGCGCCCUGAUUGGAUCACUAGGCGCCUUAUACAAUGGAGUUUUACUGAUAAACUUGGUGAUUGCGUUGUUUGCGCUUGUGGCAAUCGAAAGCAAUAGCCAAAGUCUCGGCCGCACCUACGCUGUUCUCCUCUUCUCUGCUCUUCUUCUCGAUAUCUCAUGGUUCAUCCUCUUCACCCAACAGAUUUGCAGGAGCAUUUCAGCUGAUGAGACGUAUGGCACCUUGUUCGUGUUUUCAGUGAAGCUCACCAUGGCUAUGGAGAUGAUUGGCUUCUUUCUUAGGCUCUCUUCCUCUCUCUUGUGGUUUCAGAUUUAUAGGCUUGGUGCUUCUAUUGUCCACACUUCACUUCCCCCUGAUUCUGAUUUGCGGAGCAGUUUCUUGAACCCGCCAACUCCUGCUAUUAUAGGCGACGCUGCUGAAGAAGAAGAGAUCAUGGGUGGUUCUAUCUACGACCCUGCCUACUACGCCUCUCUUUUUGAAGAGGGCCUAUCUAAUAUGAGUUCACCCACCGCUACACAGGUGGAUCAUUAUACAGCUGAGAACAAUGGAUCACCAUCUGCAGAAGAAGCCUCUCAGAUUAAGUCCCCCACAUCCAGAUCAUUGCAUGCAAUUGAUGAAGAGAAAGGUUUGAAGCAACCGCCGGGGAUGUCUUCAUUAUGAGCAUAUGGUGCUAUCUUAGUAAAUUCUAAACAAAGAAGUGUCUACUCUGCAUUAGCUGAGGUUUAGGGUUUAAAGCAAACGCGCAAGUGAGAGUAUUAUGAAAUAAUCUCCAUGUUCUUACAAAGAACAAGAGGACUAUAUACCACCCUGCCUUCCAGAAGAUGAGAUUCUGUAUGUUUGACGACAAGUAAGCGCGGUUCUACUUUGCUUUUUUGUUCAUUAUUUAUUUUGUAUGAAAACAUUUAUUUAUUUGGGGAUACGUGGUUAGAAUAGAGUAGGAAUCUACCUGAUGAUUCUUUCCGGGUUUAUCUUUUGUGUGUAAAUGGAGAUACUUUUCUUUUUGUUUGGGUUUCAAUGGAGAGAGUAUAAAGAUUGGGGCGUUGA